CCGGUUAGGAUCCGGUCGGGUAAAGGGUACGAGAAAAUUCAAGGGUACCCGUCCGUCGUGCCCAUCCCUAACUACAUGAUGAUGAAGCGCGUCUAACAAAAGCUAAGCUAAAGCUUCGUUUGGGUUUUUCUUUUGAAGCAUUUCUCCUUUAAGAGAGAGCUCUGUUCUGUGUUGCGCUUUUUUUAAUUUCGAUUUGGCAUCGAAGAGGAAAGAGACGAACACUGCUCCAAUGGCGGAUCCUGAACUAGAAGCUAUUAGACAGAGGAGAAUGCAAGAGCUUAUGGCUCGACAAGGCUUGGGUAAGCAGGGUGGUAAUCAGCAGAAUCCUGAGCAAGAGAAACAACAGGAUGAUGCUAGAAGGGAAGCUGAUGAACGCAGACAAAUGAUGCUUAGUCAAAUAUUGUCUUCCCAGGCCCGAGAGAGAAUUGCUCGAAUUGCCCUGGUAAAACCUGAGAAAGCUAGAGGUGUUGAGGAUGUUAUUUUGAGGGCUGCUCAAAUGGGACAGAUAGUUGAAAAGGUUUCUGAGGAGCGGCUUAUAACACUCUUGGAACAAAUAAACAGCCAAACUGCCAAACAAACGAAAGUCACGAUCCAUAGGCGCCGUGGGGUGGAUGACGAUUAGGAAGAAAAAUGUUAUGCUGUACUUUGCAAAUCUAUGGGGGAUCUCACUGUCCAGUGUGCGUUCACUACUUAAAAGCUACUGUUAAAUAUGUUUAUUGUCAGUGAAUCUUUGAUGAUUUUCUUCUAGAUGCUUGGGAUGGGAUUAAAGUAAAACUGAAACUCUGCAUUUUUAUUUUUUGGCAUUUCGUCUGUUAACUAUCUUCAUCUUAUGAUGCUCUCUUUUCACAUUGCCUGCUAUGAUUUGAAUAGUAUUAGAAAGAAAAACGAUUCUGUUCUA